GCCCAGUAUCAUUUCAAGCAGUAGAGACGAGGGUAAAGGUAUGAUGAUAAGUGUUUGACUGAACCAUAACCGUCUUUUCACUUAGCUACUGAUACAUUCAGUGGUUGUUCAACCAGGAACACACUGUGAGGAUAUCUAUAUUGAAAACGAUGCCUAAUCUCCGCCUCAGGUUGCAUUUGUUGCGAUCCAGGUGUUGGACCAAAGAAGAAGAACGUCGUUAAUCUGACAUACUUCUGUUGUGAACAGUUUAUUGUUGUCCCACACGCAGACAAAGAUGCUGAGUCGAUUGAUGAGUGGCAGCAUCAGGAAUUUGGAAAGAGAAUACAACUGUACCGUCAGGCUGCUGGAUGAUUCGGAAUACACCUGCACGAUUCAGCGUGAUGCGAAAGGACAAUACCUUUUUGACCUCAUCUGCCAUCACCUCAACCUACUGGAGAAGGACUACUUCGGCAUCCGAUAUGUGGACCCAGACAAACAGAGGCACUGGUUGGAGUUUACAAAGUCAAUUGCCAAACAAAUGAAAUCCCAGCCUCCUUUCACCAUGUGUUUGCGAGUCAAGUUCUACCCACCUGACCCUGCCGCCCUGAAGGAGGAAAUCACUAGAUAUCUCGUCUUCCUGCAGAUCAAGAGGGAUCUGUAUCAUGGCCGCCUCCUGUGCAAGACCUCCGAUGCUGCCAUGUUGGCUGCCUACAUACUUCAAGCGGAGAUCGGCGACUACGACCCGGGGAAGCACCCCGAGGGCUACAGCUCCAAGUUCCAGUUCUUCCCCAAGCAUUCGGAGAAACUGGAGAGAAGGAUCUCUGACAUCCACAAGACAGAACUGAUAGGACAGAGUCCAGAGACCUCAGAACUGAACUUCCUGCAGAAGGCUCAGAUGUUGGAGACGUUUGGUGUUGACCCUCACCCAUGCAAGGAUGUAUCGGGCAACCCUGCCUUCCUGGCCUUCACUCCCUUUGGCUUUACUGUGCUCCAGGGAAACAGGAGAGUCCAUUUCCUCAAGUGGGACGAGGUGACUAAACUGAAGUUUGAGGCCAAGACAUUCCAUAUAUAUGCAAAUCAGAAAGAGGACAAGAAGAUCAUUCUGACGUACUUUGCCCCCACACCGGAGGCCUGUAAGCACCUGUGGAAGUGUGGGGUGGAACACCAGGCCUUCUAUAAGUUGGAGAAGUCCAGCCAGGUUCGCACUGUCUCCAGCAGUAAUCUGUUCUUCAAGGGAAGUCGUUUUAGAUACAGUGGCAGGGUCGCCAAAGAAGUGAUGGAGCAAAGUGCCAAAAUCAAACGGGAGCCACCCGAAAUUCACAGGGCUGGUCUGGUCCCCAGUAGGAGCUGCCCGUCCAUUACACAUGGCCCCAGACUGACCAGUGUCCCCAGGACCAGACGGAGAGCUGUGCACAUCUCCAUCAUGGAGGGCCUGGAGUCCCUGCGAGACAGCGCCCACUCCACACCAGUUCGCUCCGUCUCCCACGGCGACUCCUUUAUGCCACGCUCCCGCAGCCAGGCGGUGGACAGCAGCGAAGCGGCAGGCUCGUCGGUCAUCUCUGACGAGGCCUACAGCCCCUCAGACAGUGUGCUGCCCACGCCGGUGGGUGAGCACAGCCUGGAACAGGCCGCGUCGCGUCAGCUCAAUGGCGCCCCCUGCAGCAUCGAGGAGGAGAGGGAGUCGGAGGCUGGCACGCCGCUGGGCGGUCAGGUGGCAGAGUUUGGCCCUGACGGCAGGGUGCUGCGGCUGGGGAGGACCAAGUCAGCACCCCCUAGUGAUGUGGAGGAGCUCAAUAAGUUCAUCCUGAGUGUGUUACGUCUGUUUUUGGUCACGAUAGGACUGCUGUUUGCCCUGUUGCUUCUCCUCAUCAUGCUAACAGAGUCAGACCUGGACAUUGCCUUCCUGAGGGACAUUCGUAAGACACCUGAAUUCCAGCAAUUCCAUUUUGAGUACUUCUGUCCUCUCCGGAGGUGGUUUGCAUGUCAGUUCCGCUGGAUGGGAGGGUUCCUUGUAACCAAGUGAGAGAGGGAGACACAAAGUUGAAAGAGUUGAAAAAAGACAGAAAGUAAAGAGGACAUCAUCAAGGGAAUUGAGAAAGGGGAGGACCGAAGGAAGGAAUGAAAGAUGGAAGGAAGGAAGGAGGGAGUGAAGAUCUGAUCUAAACAUGAACCUAGUUACUCCCAUGAUGCACCUCCUGUCACAAGCCAAGGACCUACCCCUGCGUGGGCUCAGAAGAAGAGCUUCCUGUUCGAACCAUCACAAUGAGGACAUUUCCAAUGCUCAUGUUUUACUUUGGAAUUUCAGGUCAUCACAAGGAACUUUUUUUUUUUUACACAAAGCCAAGGCAACAGGGUCACAAAGUCUACAUCGACUUGAAGGAGAAACACAUGAAAUCACAGAAAACAGUUGCCUUUAUUUUCUAUUGAUUAAUAUAAUUCAUCAUUGCAUGAGGCAUGUGUUGAGCACUGAGCGGAAAAGUGAAUUGGUACGUGUUGAGUUAGAAGAGUUGAGGAGUGAAAGAGAGAGUAAGGUCCUUUUCUAUUUUACCUCCAUAAACUUUCAUGUUAGUCAUUACAUUGCAGAAAACUAACAUAAUUAAAGCUGCUAUUAAUUAGAAUACACACCACCACCAAUGGAUGUACUGUACAGUAAUGGUCUGGAGUCAGAGAAGAGGUGGAAAGGAUUUUAACAGAAGAAUACUUUUUGAAUGUAGAAACUGUCACGCAAGAUGGCUUGUUCAAAAAAUAUUUUUCUAAUAUCUGUGACUAAUGGUUUAUGAUCUUUUUAGGUUCCUUCAAUUCAACCAAUGUCAUGCAAAUCUGUUCAUGAUGUCAUUGCUAAUACUGUCUAGUGAACAAGCGUCAAAUCAUAAUCUAAGCCUUAGUAAAGACAAAUGUAACUGUUGUACUGUAUUUGAAGAUUUUCAAACAUCGGAAAUAAAACAGUUAUUAAUAAUUCAAAUCAAUGUUUGAAGAUGAGCAAUCAGUUUUUGAAACAAACUUUUACAAAAUAUAAAUAACCUUAGAUGUAAAAGUGUGGGUUUUGUGACAUAGAAAUGUAGUUGUAGAGAAGCGGAGUGGUUGCUGUUAUGCUUUACAUUGGAUACCAUAGACCUUUUUACUAGAUGUGCAAUACUAUAACACUGGAAACCAAGAUUGGGUAUUUGAUACAAGUUGUUUUUACUUUCCUAAAAUUUACCCUCAAAUAAAAUGUUUCAUAAAGUUAAUUUCCCAUAGUAUAAGAAAAGAAAUAAGUUGUGCUUCAGAACACUUGUUGACUGUUUGUUUUCUCAAAUUAGAUUAUUGAAACCUGGGGUGCAUUAGAUUAUUUAUAAAUGCUAAAUAAUGUUGAAAUCAUGCUGGCUUAUUUUGUACGAUGUAGUGUCUCCUAAUAUGUAGAGAGGUUUUCUUUUGUAACAUAUUUUAAACAAUUGAUAUGUUAUUUUUUAUCAUUGGAAAUGUAAUGAUACAUUUUCCGCACUGUGGACCAGAUGGACAAUUGCAGAAAUAUGAGGGUAAAAUAUUUGAGGUUUUCAGUCAUUAUCAUGUUCACAUUGCACUUCACUCCCAGUGGGCCUACCUUCUGUAUGUCUGCUAUGACAUCGUCCUGCUACUGUAUGUCUACCAAAGAUUCCUCUGUAUUCUGAUGGUCUUCAUCUAUCAACAGUGGAGCUACAGACUUAAAACAUGUUACAUCAACAUUAUGAAACUUUACUUAACUGCCUAAAGUCAGUAUCCUCCAACAUGUCCCACAUGUUGCUAUGAAAUCAGAUACUGGUAACAUCCAGAAUUGAUUUCAUCAAUGCAAUAAACCGUUUGGACAUAUCAAUUAAAUAAGACAUUUAACAUUUAGUUUGAAUUUUAAUCCUGUAUAACCUUGUGGUGGUUACUGAGUUCAGCUAUAUUUCGCGGUACUUUUCUCCUUUCUAAAGAUUUUAGUUGGUUCCCGAUGGAUGUAGAUCAAGUUAUUUGUUUGAAACUGUGGAAGAAUGUCAAAGCAACAGAUGAAUAUUUGUAUAGCUCUGGCUAUGUACCUUUUUGUGUUCAUGUAUAUGACAAAAUAUUUUUGACAAUAAUUUAGCAAUAAUAUCAAUAUAGAUAACUUUAAAUAUAUAUAUGGUCAUACAUGGAUGGUUUGAUUCCCCCUCCCAAAUAUAUAUUUCCAAAGACCCAAUGGUAAUACAAGUGAGGUGUUUGUCAUGUUCUCCCGUUGAACUUGCCGAUCAGUGCAUGUCUCUUAAGUGGCGUUCCAGGUUGCCUAUAUUCCAUUAGUGCCACAGAUGAUGAGUUAAAUGUAACUUCCUAUGACAUCAGAUGACCUGUGUGUUACUGCAGAGUAGGUGACCUGAGGCACCACCGCACCCAGUGGUAGUGUAUUGACAUGUGAUUCGGAUGUGGUUUGCAAUGAAUCCACUAUUUAUGACAGUCAAUUACAGCCAAGUGCUGUGACUCGGAGAUUUGAUCCUGUUCCACAGAUGAUCCUAUAAGCACGUAUUCUACAUUUGUUACCCUCAACUAAGACUGCAUUGUUUCUAAUCAGAUU